CCUGAAAAGCCUCAAAUUAGCGGAUUUUCAUCACCAGUUAUGGAGGGAGACUUGAUGCAGCUGACUUGUAAAACAUCUGGUAGUAAACCCGCAGCUGAUAUAAGAUGGUUCAAAAAUGACAAGGAGAUUAAAGAUGUAAAAUAUUUAAAAGAAGAGGAUGCAAAUCGCAAGACUUUCACUGUCAGCAGCACACUGGAUUUCCGAGUGGACAGGAGCGACGACGGUGUGGCGGUUAUCUGCAGAGUCGACCAUGAAUCCCUCAAUGCCACUCCUCAGGUAGCGAUGCAGGUGCUAGAAAUACACUAUACACCAUCAGUUAAGAUUAUACCAUCCACUCCUUUUCCACAAGAAGGACAGCCUUUAAUUUUGACUUGUGAAUCCAAAGGAAAACCACUGCCAGAACCUGUUUUGUGGACAAAGGACGGUGGAGAAUUACCAGAUCCUGAUCGGAUGGUUGUGAGUGGUAGAGAGCUAAAUAUUCUUUUCCUGAACAAAACGGAUAACGGUACAUAUCGAUGUGAAGCCACCAACACCAUUGGCCAAAGCAGUGCAGAGUAUGUUCUCAUUGUACAUGAUCCCAAUGCUCUGGCUGGCCAGACUGGUCCUGAUCAUGCUCUUAUAGGAGGAAUAGUGGCUGUAGUUGUAUUUGUCACGCUGUGUUCUAUAUUUCUGCUUGGUCGAUAUCUGGCAAGACAUAAAGGAACAUAUUUAACAAAUGAAGCUAAAGGAGCUGAAGAUGCACCAGAUGCUGACACAGCCAUUAUCAACGCUGAAGGCAGCCAAGUCAAUGCUGAAGAGAAAAAAGAGUAUUUCAUUUAAAAUGCAGGCCAAGAUUCUGAGUUUUACUUACCAGGCUGGCUGCUGGAGAAAACUGGCUAUCAUCUUUCAGAAUUCAUUUCUACCAUCUUCGUUACCUUUAUUAACUUCCAUACCGUACUGCUAUCCGUAGCCAGUGCAUACCAGCAAUCAGCUGUCGAAAGCAUCCUUCUUUAAUUACUGUACCAUCCAUAAUGCAGGACAUUUCUUACUGCCUAAAUUCCACACCAUUGCUCUUUUAACAUACAGUGCUUGAAUAUACAGCCUUAACAAUGUUAAUCAUCUCCUUGGGUCAUGAUAUUGAGUUGUUUUUAUACAUUGAAAAAUGUAUGCAGAGAUUUUUGUUUUUUGUUUUAACCCCCCAUUUUUCACCCUCUUUACAUCAUGGACUUAGUCAGUUUGCCAUUGGACACCUUUCACAAGAAACAGGAUUAGAUGAAGAGCUAAUGUGCUUAAGUUUAAUGAGACAUUAGAGGUUUACAGAUAAUAUUUUCUACAUGUCUCUCUUCAAGGACAUGCUUAGAAACAUAUGCCCUAGGAAACCACAAACGGAAAACACUGUAGUGUAGCUCGGGACUGUUUGUGACAUACUGGUAAAGCUGUAUCAAUUUGCUAUUUAAAGACAUAGCAUUUGAUACAGGAGCCAUGUGUAUGAAUUGUAAUCAUGUCAUGGUAUCUUAUAUAAUUACAUAGCUCCCACCAUUAGGUUAUUUUAGCUGUUUACCAAUAAAUUGCUACAAACAUUUUACUGCUUUGGGAAUCACAAAGAUUUCAUUCAUUGCUCUGAUUUGAUUCUGUAAUUUAUUUGCUUCACAAGGACUCACCUUCCUAAACAAAAUUGAAAUAUCCAUAGGGCACAAUUUUGAAACAUUUUAGUAUCUGUAUAUAGUGCAUAUAAUAAAUCCAAUUAAACAUUAUUUGAUACAUAUUUAACUUUUUGGCUGUAGGUAAUUCAAUCAUAAGUAAGCAUUUUCUAAUGUCCAUUAUAUCCCUUUAGAUAUUACUUAAACCAAUAUUACAAGUAGAUAACACGUAUUAGUAUUUUGUCUGUAUGUCCUAGCACUGUUCAACAACCAAUUUUUCUAGUUCUUGUUAAUUUUUAUUUGUUAUACAAUGGAAGCACAAUGUUAUAAGGAAAGGUAAUUUUAAGCUAACAACCAGUGCACAGCCUCAGGUUUUAAAUUACAACCACAAUAGAAUAACCUAAAAAUAAACUCUUAGUUUGCUAAAAUUUUACAAAUUUUAAUUUGGCAGUUCCAGAGCUGCUUGCCUAUGUUGGUUUGCCAAAAAGAAGUGUUUAAGAUAUGUUUUCUGUAUAAAUGAACUAAUUCUUUAUAUUAAAUUCCUGUCUAUGCAUUUUGUGAGGUACAAACUUAUGAAACAAUGAGUGAUAGAGAAUUUCUGCCAUUCUUUUACCUCGAAGGUGAAAGUCUCUUUCUCUGGAUUAUUUCUGAAAUUUUGGUGUAUUUAACCAUUAAGAAAUGCUGUAUUCUUAAAUAUGACACAGAGUUCAUCUAAAGUCAUAUUAUUUCUUCAAGUAAAUAACAAUAUUGUUAGAUUAGUUCUCAUGACACUUGUUAUAUGCUAAAGAUUAAAAAUCCAGUUAGGUAAAAAUUAUUUUCCCAUUCACAAGCAUUGCACCUUUAAGAAGAAAACAAAUAUGACAAUAUGGAAGCUAUACUUGUGAUGUCAAAGCAUGAUGGCCUAUGGUUUUAAAAAUAUCUUGGAAUUCAUUUGGGGGAAAUGAGAAUGUUCAAGUACGACAUCAAGUGUUAAUAUCAAAUGAAAGACAAGGUGCUGUAUCUUAGAUUAUUUAUCAGAAAAGUUUAAAUCCUUUAAAGAUGUUAGAAUUUUAAAUUGUUUUUUUAUUGUUGAAGCAUUUAUCUUGUUGAUUUCUUACAAAAGAAAAAGGAUGAUGUCAAGCAGCACUUUUUCAGAAUAUACAGAACAUAAAUAAUAUGAUGUGGUUGAGUGUUAACAUAAUAAAUCAUAUACAGUAUGACAUUUUAAG